AUGUAUUUCGUUGUCCAUCCGCAAGAUCCGCGAUCCGCGAUCCGCGCGACGCUACAUCCGCAAUCCGCGCGCGGCGUGCGUCACGCGUCGGCCGCGUGUGCGCGAACCGUGACCCCGUUUUCGCCGAGCGGGGCGCGCACGCCGCGUAGUACGCGCCCCGCUGCGCCGGUAACGGAAUGUGCCGUUUCUGGCCUGGGUAGCAAUGCGCCGUACAGUCGCACGUACCGCGGCCGUACCGAGCGGCCGCCGCCGACUGUACCAGCGCCUCUCGGCUCCUUGAGGCGGUGCGACAACCUUAUCCAUGUCAAUGACAACCGCACACACGCGUCGCCGAAUUGCGAACGCGCACACACGCUACACACGAGCAUCCUGUAUACGCUCGUAUCGGCGCGAUCUACGGUCACU